GUCGAGGGGGAUGCUUUGCUAGCUUUAUGCGUGUUUGGUGCACGUCCACCCACCGCUCACCGCCCCUUCCUUCCUUGUGCUUCCCUUCCCUGCUACGCAUCUUCUUCUUCUUCCUCCUCCUGGCAGGCGUCUAUUUAAGCCGGCCCCCAACCGCAAUCAUUGAAGCCAGAACAGGUGCAGGCAUCAUCAAACUCUCCCUCCGACGACAUCGAUCGCCGGGGUCCCGAUCUUCUCCUCUUGACUCCUGCUGCAACUGCCAACCAUGGCCUCCGAGACUGUUGUCCUCAAGGUGGCAAUGUCCUGCGGAGGUUGCUCGGGGGCGGUUAAAAGGGUGCUCACCAAAAUGGAAGGCGUCGAGAGCUUCGACAUCGACAUGGAGCAGCAGAAGGUGACCGUGAAGGGCAACGUCAAGCCAGAAGACGUUUUCCAGACGGUCUCCAAGACCGGGAAGAAGACCGCCUUCUGGGAGGCCGAAGCCACUCCGGCCGCUGCUGCCGCUGAGGCUGCGCCGGCCGCUCCUGCACCGGAGGCGGCUGCCCCGACAGCAGACGCCGCGCCUGCACCGGAGGCAACCCCGGCCAACACCGUCGCUUGAUGGGCACGCAUAGAUGAUGCCGCCGUGACCUUUGAAAACUCCAAGAUAUUGUUGUUGAGAGAGUCAUGUGUGGGCGGUUUGCACGAUGUUACUUACGAGUUGACUACAACGUAAUGGAAUAAACAAAGUGUGUAUGACUUAGAAAAAUGAACACGUCGUCGACCACAUGAUUUACAAUAGAUUUCCGUUCUAUUAAUGUUCUACAGCUCUUCCGUUGACGAAAGUGUUCAGUGCAGCCGUCCAUGUUAAAUUUACACAAAAUAAAAUUUGUAGUUUGAAGAUA